CGCGGCCCUACCGGCGCGCAGCAUGUCGCCAAUGUCGCUCUAUGGUCGCAGCUGUCUGUAGUGCAGUCGUACAGUGUACGUGUAGCGAUAAAGUUCAUUGGUUUUGCGCCUGCUAAAUUUCUCGAUUGCGCGAUUUUUUUCUCAUAUAACAUUUGCUUUCUGUUAACGUAAAUGGAUCCUAGAACUAAGGAAAUUUGUGCAGUACUGAAAACCUACCCAGACUUUCCCAAGAAAGGUAUCUUAUUUUGUGAUGUAAUGCCGAUAUUUCGAAAGCCAAAUGUCUUUCGCAACAUGGUGGACCUGUUUGCCGAGCGUGUACGCAUUUCUGUACCCAAUGUUCAAAUCAUUGCCGGCAUCGAGGCACGAGGUUUUCUCAUAGGGCCUGCUUUGGCACUUGCCCUAAAUGUGCCAUUUGUGCCCAUUCGGAAGGCUGGAAAGCUACCUGGCAAUGUGAAGUCUCGGGCUUACUCUUUGGAGUAUGGAGAGGACAAAUUGGAAGUGCAACUCGAAAGUAUAACUUCUGGGCAAAACAUUGUUCUCAUUGACGACCUUUUGGCCACAGGUGGGAGCAUGAAAGCUGCAGUCAAUUUAAUCCAGGCUGCUGGAGCCAGUGUAGCAAUGUGCCUUGUCAUUGUGGAAAUUGAAGAACUCCUUGGUCGUCAACAAUUGGAUGUCCCUAUCUUCUCCCUGAUUCCAUUUUCUGCGGUGGUGGAGAGCUAGCAAGUUGUUUUAUUAUAGCAGUGAAGGGAAUACAAAGUGUAAUUACUAAAUUCCUAGGCUGCUACUAGUUUUUUAGGGCAUUACUUUUGUUAAAGCAACCAUUCAAAGGUUGUUUGUUAAAUACAGUAAUAUACGACUGUUAAUCACACAUUGAAUUUUUGGACAAGCGUGCUUUGAUUUACAAAGUGAGAAGUGGAUAUUGCAUAGAGAAGCAUUCCAGAAACUUUUGUAUCUUUCCAUAAGUUGUGAAGGAGGAACAAGUGGCAGUUUCUGGAGGCGAACUUCUAUCGACUGAAGUAACUAGCGCAAGAGUGGACACUAGACACUAAAAAAGGCAACAAGGACAAAUGCUUGUACUUGUCGCCUUUUUAGUGUCCCGUGUCCACUCUUGCGCUAGUCAUUUCAGCAUGGAAUACCAACUAGCCCGGUCUCGCACCCUGCAACUCGUCACGGCCUCGAAGAUUAAUAAGCUUUCAGCCAUUUGGCAGAUAGCAUUCAUAAUUAAAGUGAUAAAAUACGAAAGCGUGCGUUUAAUUUUUUGUUCGAAUUCUUUCAACACAGUCUUAAAUUUAAAUACAAACAUCAAUGGUGCCAUCCCCAUGUAUUUUUUUCUAGAUAACCAAAAUUAUAGUUGAAAACUGUGCGUUAUGUUAUGCCACAUAUUUUAAUCUACGAAUUAUAACUGCAGAGUUCACACGGCAUAUCCACUUGGAACAAAUUCUCUGGACAGCAGCAGUUCCAAGGUAUUAAAUUUCGAAGUGUCAGUCGAAAUGCAUUGGUGUUCCAGUUACUUUUGUGCUUCAAUGCAUAAAACAGUGGUUACUUAAAGUAAUUGUGGUUCUACUCAUUCCAUUUGAAAGCAAACAAGGCACAUAUUCUCUCUUCCACAUGUCCAGUUUAUUUAUACGAACAUUGCUAGAGCGAUAUGAUGUGGCAGUGCAAUCAUUCAGCCACGAAGGAAUCAAGGUCAGAUGGAAGUGCAUUCACAAAACACGAGUUUGUAAUUACUCACUUCACCAGUUUUUAAUGUGACAAAGCAUGCGGAAGCAUCUUUUUCUCCCAAGGGUGAUAUUCUCAUCAGCAGCGAUUGGCAGACAAAAUAAGUUUGAUACCUAGAAAGUGGAUGGCGUUACUCAUAGGUAGCUCAUGUGUAAUAACCAGAUUGUCAAGACACUACACUCCCAGAACAAGGCAGCCACAUCAGUCACUGUUUCAUUGUUAUUUGAAUUGAAUUCAUACAGCACUAGGUAGUCCACAUACCAAACAAUUUGUAAAAUCUCUAAUGCCUCCAUUUUUCCUUUUAGACGUCUGUCAUGGUAUCCGAGAAACAGAUCGUCGCUCAAGGCAGGGGACUAGGCAUGACCCAAUACAGACUCCUUCCUUCUGAAAAUAGAUGAGCCCGUCACAUUCAACAUAGGUUGACCUUAGAUAAAAUGUCUGUCAAGAGUUUGAAAUGCGAUUAUGCCAUAGUAAUAUACGCAGUCUUCAAUACAUCGCAUUGGGGCAUCUUGAGGCAUAAAGUAGUACCAAUGCAUAUCCAAUAGAGCAGACCAACAUUUCUUUGGUGAUCUACUUCAUUUGAACUUGUGACCAGGAAAGUUUCUUCAGUACAGAACAAGCUAAGCGUAUCUUGCAGAAAACAUGCAAGUGCAUUCUGCCACGUACGACACAAUCACUCUGAAUGGCAAUUGUAAGUUGUCAGUCCUCACUGAAAACAUGACUUAAAUGAAGGUCCUCACUAAACUGGAAUGUUCUCGAGUUGGGCAUGUUUCACUGCACUGUGACGAUUGUGGGUGUGAACCACUGUUUAAUCAUUCUUCCAUCAUGUAUAGAAAAUGCAGAUAAGGAUACGCAGGAAAUUGUUGAAGCAAGGUUGAUCACAAAAAAGGGUGCUAAUUGCAUCAGUUCCCCGAUGCUAGCUUUGAGCGGAAGAGAAAUUGCCUAUUUGGAAAAUGCUGGUUUGCAUAUGCGAUUUCUACUUUGUAUUCCUUUCAUCGAUAUAAGUACCAUACCCUUCUGAAAUAAAAUCAGCUGAUAGUGCACACCCUGUCA